GUGGAUCAGCGCUUGUCAAAUGAAAAACUGCUGGAUGGAGUUCCUUGGGCAUGUUGCAGAGCAGCUUCUUUCCAAGUUGAGCCUGUUUGUGGAGAAGUGGUGACCACUUACAGCCCCAGUGCUGUGAAAUGUGAAUGGAAGUAUCCUGCUUCUGAUUCAGCUGUCAUGGCUGAACCUCAGCCUGAAUCCAUGCAGUCUCUGGUACCCCACAACUACUACCCCUGCGAUGUCUCUGAAAGUCAACCAGAUGUGGAAGAAGCAUUGGCCAAGGGGCUAUUGCAAAGUAGCAGCAGCAGCACCAGCCAUCACUUGCCAGUCGACGAACCCGUCAACGACAACAAUAAUGCCUUGGACGAAACCUUCUCGACCGAACCCCACGACGACCCAGGAAUUUCCAAAUUCGAAGUCGAAGAAGAAGAAAAAGAAAAAGAAGAAGAAGAAGAAUUCUCAUCAUCAUCGAAUCGAGAUUUGGGUCCGAGUCCAAUCGAGGAAGUGGAAGAAAAGGUAUCAGAAACGAUUUCCGCAAGAGACAUCCGGGAUCCUUCUUCUUCCCCGCCUGAGGCGAAUCCUGUUGUUGCUGCUGCUGCUGGUGAAGCUGGCAACAGGAAGCCGAUGCCGUCGGAGAACCUCAAAAAAACUUUUCAGAUGUUGCUGGGCAAGCCAAAGUUUGAGAGCAGAGGUACUGUUCCCCUGAAGGUGGCUGUUAAGCGAACCUGGGCCGACAAAUACAAGCAUCUUCUCGAAAAGCCAAAAGUUGUUGAGAUGCCCAAACCUUGUUCUUCAAAGAUUUUGUGCAACGAGAGCAAUCCUCUAAUGAACAGCAAGCUUACACCAACAGCUGAUGACGUUCCAAAGAAGAAGAAGAAGAAAAAGAAGAAGAGGAAAGAGGCUGUGAUCAACCAGGAGGAAACAGUUUCUGAGUCACCAUCAACUGCUGAGGUUGAGAAAACACCUGAGAAGGAGAAAUCUUGUGCAGUGUCUUGGUUGAAAGUAAUUGAAGAUAAAAGCUUAGUUUCAAGAAAGCCAUUCAUCCAGGGAUUGCUCACAAAUGGGAUGAGUGUUCAACAGUUCAUGAAAGCUGAGGUACGUCAGCCAAAGCACUUCGUCUCUCCUCUCCUGGGAUCCAAGUUUUACAAAAAGAACAAUGUUCAAGCCGGAAUCUCGUUUCUCCCCGCCGCGACGAUGGCGUCUGAAGACGAAUUACCUCCGCGGGAAGCAGCCAGGUUCAUUCACCAGAAUUCCACUCUGGUUUCUAUAGAUAAAGCGGAAAUGGAGGCAGCUGCCGCAACAUUGCUCGCAUCGCUUCGUUCCUCGUCUUUUCGAAGCCGGUACGAUCAGACAGAUCUUCAUCCAUCUCCGACAGAUCCCGACACCGUCGACUGGAUCUUUGUUUGUUCAACGUUGAACUUUUGUUUUUGGUAUGACGACGCGGAUGCUUCUCCAUAUCGCGUCGCAUUCCGCGGGAAAACAUAUUCUGGGUACAUGGGUCUAUGUGCCGCAUUACGGAGAGCUGUGGAGGAUGAUAUCAAGAUCACAUCUCCGGAGUUUUAUGCUCAGAUCUCAGAAGACACGUUGAACUCCGUGUUACGCACUGCCGAUGGGAAGCCAGUUCCAUUGCUGAAGGAGCGAUUGGAUGCUUUACGAGAUGCUGGGAAUGUUCUGAAGAACAAGUUUUGUGGUUCUGCGGGAAACAUGGUUUACGAAGCGAAUGGGAGCGCUGAGAACUUGGUGAAGCUUGUGGUUGAGAACUUCACCUCAUACAAGGACUCCUUCAGGUUCCACGGCCAGAAGGUUGGAAUUUACAAGAGAUCUCAAAUUUUCGUGUCGGAUCUCUGGGCGUGUUUCGAUGGACAAGGCCCUGGUAACUUCCAAGACAUCGGGUACCUAACCACCUUCGCGGAUUAUCGUGUUCCGCAGAUUCUUCAUUCGCUAAAGAUACUCAAAUAUGACAAAGUGUUGCGUCAGUUACUGGAGAAAGGUGCGGAAAUAUCCUCGGGUUCGGUGGAAGAGAUUGAAAUUCGCGGGUGCACGAUUCAUGCGGUGGAGAUGCUGAAAGAAGCUGUGAUCGAACUGAUGGUGACUUCGGGAGAUUUGGGUUUGGUGAGUUCAGUUAAUUCCGCGUUGCUGGAUCAUCAUUUGUGGGACCUGAGCCAAAAACCUGGUGGAGAUCUGAAGCUACCGUUUCAUCGCACGAGGAGUUGGUUUUAUUGA